AAAUUGGACACAAGAAAUGGACAACAGUAAGAGCGGCAGCGAGCGGAGGCAUUUCAUCCUGGUGCACGGGCUCGGCCACGGCGCGUGGUGCUGGUACAAGGUGGUCGUGGCCCUCGAGGCCGCGGGGCACCGCGUCACGGCGGUUGACCUCGCCGCGUCCGGCGCGCACCCGGCGCGCAUCGACGAGGUGCACUCGUUCGACGACUACUCCCGGCCUCUGCUCGACGCGGUGGCCGCGGCGCCCGACGGUGGCGAGAGGCUGGUUCUGGUCGGACACAGCCACGGCGGGCUCAGCCUCGCGCUCGCCAUGGAGAGGUUCCCCCGCAAGGUCGCCGCCGCCGUGUUCGUGGCCGCCGCGAUGCCGUGCGUCGGCAAGCACAUGGGCGUCACCACCGAGGAGUUCAUGAGAAGAACAACAUCACUAGAAGAACUACUCAUGGACUGCGAAAUGAUGGCCAUCAAGAACAACCAGGGUACAGGGGUUGCAAUCCUGGUGGGACCAGAGUUCUUAGCAUGCAAAUAUUACCAGCGAAGUCCAGCUGAGGAUUUGGCCCUAGCGAAAAUGUUAGUUAGGCCUGGAAAUCAGUUCUUAGAAGAUCCAGUGAUGAAGGACGUCGACCUUCUCACUACCGACAACUAUGGUUCGGUGAAGAAGGUGUACGUGGUAGCCAAGGCCGAUGUCUCUAGCACCGAGGAGAUGCAGCGUUGGAUGGUAGCAUUGAGCCCAGGUGUGGAGGUCGAGGAGAUCAUCGGAGCUGACCAUGCCGCCAUGAGCUCCAAGCCAAGAGAGUUGUGCGAUGUUCUAGUCAAGAUAGCCAACAACUUAAAUACCUAUUACUAAAUUUGAACAAAAAUUGCGCAUGUAACCUAAUAUUCAUGUAUCAUAUAGAUAGCCAUAUUGGGGAUCCAUUUAUCCUCGAUGAUCCAUAUUACUCUAUUAUCUACCGUGAGAAAUGCUUUGUGAUUUAUGUUGUGAUGAACCUAUCCAUAAUAGGUUGUAUCGGUCCACUUUUAUGCAUGCUAAUCAUUGGAAUAAAUUACGAAUUGAAAUCCUAGUCCAUGAUAUGGACAUAUGGUAAGAAGAUGUGAUAUUAGUCA